AUGGCCUUCCAAGGCCCCAUGAACCCCAUGCUCAACCUAGCCAAACUCCUCAUUUCAAGGGGUCUUCGCGUCACUAUCGCCGCCACUGAAAUGGCUCGACAUCACAUAAUAAACUCAAACCCUAUUGCCCAUAAUUCUCAAAUCCAGAUCGAGUUUUUCUCUGAUGGUCUUAGCCUUGACUUUGAUCGCCUCAAGUAUUCUGAUGAUUUCUUCGAUUCUCUCAAAACAAACGGUUCCUCCAUCAAGAACAUUCUUCAAGAUCUUUUUCAAUCUCUUGAUAAAGCACAAUGGGUUCUCGCCACUUCGUUUGACGAAAUUGAGGAAGAGAUUGUGAAGGCCAUGGAUUAUCUAAUCAAGAAUCGGUCCAUUGGACCGUUGGUGUCGCCAUUUCUUGUGGGACAAAAAGAAACCGAUGAUCUCAGUAUUAACCUGUGGAAUAACGAAGAUUCCUGCAUGGGGUGGCUAGACGACAAGCCAGAUUGCUCGGUAAUAUAUAUCUCAUUUGGCAGUGUGAUUGUCUUCACUCAAAAGCAGAUAGAUAAUAUAGUUAUGGCUUUGAGAAAUACCGAGAAAUCGUUUCUUUGGGUGGUUAAGCCAGCUCGGAAACAUUGCGAGGAAGAUGAUUCUGCAAAAUUGCCAAAUGAAUUUCUGGAAGAAAUGAAAAAGAAAGAGACAGGCUUGGUGGUCACGUGGUGUCCGCAAGAGAAAGUGCCAAUGCACCGUUCUGUGGGUUGCUUCAUGACUCAUUGUGGAUGGAACUCGACGGCGGAGACGGUGGUUGCCGGAGUGCCGGUGAUUGCUUAUCCAAAAUGGUCGGAUCAGCCAACAAAUGCUAAGCUUUGUGGAAGUGUUUUCGAGAAUAGCGUGAAGGUGAAUUUUGAGGAAGAUGGAAAUGUUAGCGCAGAACAGUUGGAGAGAUGCAUCAGAAAAGUGAUGGAGGAUCCAGAGGGUAACAAGAUGAAGAAGAAGGCAUUGAAAUUGAAAGACGCAGCAAGGAAGGUGUUGCAGGAAGGUGGCUCAUCUCAUAAUAAUGUUAAUCAGUUCAUUGGUGAAUUAGUUCUUGCAAAGAACCAGGCUUCAGCUUAA